AUGAGAUACCUCUUUGCUCUUUUACCCUUCAUAAGCGGUGCUCUGGCUAGUCCGCUCCCUGGUGAAGAUACCUCUGCCCAACCUUCAUGGGGUUUCGAAAUUGUCACUACCACUGUCCCCGGCUCUGUCGGUACUGUGAUUGCGACCCGCACACGAUGGGUAUCGGCCGAAGAAGCUAGCCCAACGAAUGAAGGUACGACUGCUACUGCUACUUCGGUGGUGACCAGCUACUCGCGGCAAUCUCAGAGUACUUGGGCUACUACUCCUCCAUCAUCAGAAUCGGAAAGUGAGGUAACAAAGGCAUCGACGACAGCGAAAUCUACUAGUACAACCACGAGUGACGAGCCAAAACCGACGGAGGACAAAUCAAGCUCUACCGAAAGCGAACAACCUGAGGCUACUGAAUUCGCACCUCCCGCUAACGACAAGAAGAAUAGUGCCAAAGUGGAACAGGCUGCCAAAGAUGUACAGGAAGCUGGAGUGUUCGCUUUGUUCGAGAGCAAUGCACCUAUCAAGUUCGGAGUAGGACCGGAAGAAGAGAAAGAUAUCAAAGAUCAUUUCAAAUGGAUCCUUCUAGAUGAGAAAGUUUCAGAUAAGGAAUAUCAUUUUACCAGCACUCAUAUUGAUGAAACUCAAAGUAGCGACUAUGAAGUGACAUGCACUUUGAAACUUCACCCUGCGCCAGCUGGUAGAUAUGCUUAUCUUCAUGCGCUCGGGUAUAACCCUUGGUACAACUACGGAGAUAGCGAUUGCAUCAUGGAGAUCAAAUGCGAUGAUUGGGAGAGAGAUAAGGCGGAUGGAUGUACGGCCCAGCCAGACUAG